GCGAACACGACUUUGUUGUCAUCUUGUUCACAUAACUUUCAAUCGUCGCCCCAUUCCCUUAGGGAAUUGCAGAAACAUGCCCAGCAUCCCUGAGGGCAUCCAUGGUGGAAGCACAAGGGUUGAGAGGCCUCCGCACCCAUCCGAUGUUGUUGCCGAGACUUGCCUCACGCGCCUUAACGCCUGGGCUUCCUCUCUCAACUCCCUCAGCAGUUGCACGUAGCCUACUGCGCCUCAAUCACGGCCGAGCAACCCUAGCGGUCAGCCCUACCUGGUCGCCUGGGGUUGAGCAGGGCGGGCAGGGUGCUGGAGGGUUGCUCAGCGUGCCCCACGCCAGCUCAGGUGGCAGCGCCAGCGCGAGCGGCAGUUCCUCAGACGAGCGCGCGGAACUGGAGGGUGGCUCCAUGUUGGACGAGGACGUGUCAGCGCUGUUUAGUCAUGCCAUGCCCAAGCACGAAAUUGGAGCGCUACGCUUCCUCCAGGAUCACCCGGAGUACGACGGACGCGGGGUCAAGAUCUGCAUCUUUGACACGGGCGUGGAUCCGGGCGCAGCGGGACUCCAGAUAACAACCGACGGCAAGCCGAAGAUUAUCGACAUCAUCGACUGCACGGGCUCCGGUGACGUAGACACGUCCCGGGUGGAGAAGGCGGAUGUGGACGGCUGCAUUGCGGGCGCCAGCGGCCGCAAGCUGCGAUUGAACCCGGACUGGAAGAAUCCCACGGGCGAGUGGCGUGUCGGCUGCAAGCACGUGUACGGCCUGGUCAGUCGUGGCCUGGUCAGCCGACUCAAGGAGGAGCGCAAGCGCAAGUGGGAGGAGACGCAGCGCGGGGCCAUCGCCGAGGCCGUGGCAGCACUGGCCAAGUUUGACAAGGACACCCCCGCCUCCAAGCUAGGCUCUGACCCCGAGGCUAAGAAGGAGCGGGCGGAGCUGGAGGGGCGCGUGGCCGCACUCAAGGAUCUGGCCAAGUCGUAUGAGGACCCCGGGCCGCUCAUCGACGCCGUGGUGUGGCACGAUGGCGCCGCCUGGCGCGCGGCCCUGGACACCAGCGCCCUGCACCCGGCCGGCAGCGGCGCCGGCGCGCUGGCGGCCUUCACGCCGCUGACCAACUAUGCGGACGAGCACAAGUACGGCACGUUCAGCGAGUUGGACGCCUGCAACUUUGUGCUCAACAUCCUGGACGGCGGCCGCACGCUGAGUGUGGUGGUGGACUGCGGCGCACACGGCACGCACGUGGCGGGCAUCACCGCCGCCCACUUCCCAGACGACCCGGGCAGCAACGGCAUCGCGCCGGGCGCCCAGAUCAUCAGCUGCAAGAUCGGCGACACGCGGCUGGGCAGCAUGGAGACCGGCACGGGGGUGGUGCGCGGCCUAAUCGCGGCGCGGCAGCACGGCGCACACCUCAUCAACAUGAGCUACGGCGAGCCCACCACCACGCCCAACGCCGGCAGGUUCAUCGAGCUGGCAACGGAGCUGGUUCGCAAGCACGGCGUCAUAUUCGUGGCGUCUGCCGGCAACGCCGGCCCCGCCCUCACGACCGUGGGCGCUCCCGGCGGCACCAGCAGCGCCCUGUUCGGCGUGGGCGCCUACGUCAGCCCGCAGCUGGCGGCGGCGGGGCACAGCGUGCUGGAGGCGCCGGCGGAGGGGCUGCAGUACAACUGGAGCUCCCGCGGCCCCACCUCGGACGGACACACGGGCGUGGCGUUCUCGGCGCCGGGCGGCGCCAUCGCGCCCGUGCCGCAAUGGACACAGCAGCGGCGGCAGCUUAUGAACGGCACCUCCAUGUCCUCCCCCAACGCCUGCGGCGGCAUCGCGCUGCUGCUGUCCGGCCUGCUGGCCACCGGCGGCGCGCUGGCGCCACACCGGCUGCGACGGGCGCUGGAGAACACCGCGACACCGCUGGGCGGCGGCGCGCCGGACGCUGUGCUCACCUACGGCCGCGGACUGAUCCAGAUCGACGCGGCGUGGGAGUACCUGAUGAAUGACGGAGUGCCGCCCGCCGCCACCUCGCCCACCGCCGCGGGGCCCUGGUACGAGGUGGAGGCGAUGUGCGCGGAGGGGCGCGGCCCUCGCGGCCGCGGCAUCUACAUCCGCGAGCCGCACGAGUCCGCCAAGCCGCAGAGCUACCGCGUCAGCGUCACGCCCAAGCUGAACGAGGACGCCGCCACGAGCGCCCGGCUGGACGUGGAGGACCGGCUGCUGCUGGAGCCGUCCGUGCCCUGGAUCACCUGCCCGCCAGCACUCAUGGUGCACAGCGCCGGGCGGUCGUUCGACGUGCUGGUGGACCCCAGCCGCCUGCCGCCGGGCCUGCACUACGGCGAGGUGGUCGCGCACGAGCUAGAGGCGCGCGGCCGCGGCCCGCUCUUCCGGCUGCCCGUCACCCUCAUCAAGCCGCUCGCAGUGCCGCUGGCAGCGACCGCCUACGGCGCCGGCGCCGGAGGCGCCACCGCGGCUGCGGCCACCCCGGCGGUGGCUGCUACUGCCAGCGGGACGAACGGCAACGGUGGUAACGGCAGCAGCAGCAGUGUGGGCACUGUAUCGCUUGGGCCGCUCGGGUUCACAGCCGGCUCCGAGUUCAGGGCCUUCGUGGCUGUGCCGCCGGGCGCCACCUGGGCUGAGAUGACGCUGCGCGCCGGGCCCUACGACACGCCCAAGCUGUUCCUGCUGCGCGGCACGCAGCUGAGGCCCGACACCAGCUACCGCCAGCACGAGCUGAGGACGCAGGUGACUCUGUCCGGCGGCUCCGAAUACAACACGGCGUGGGAGGUGGUGGGCGGCUGCACGCUGGAGCUCACACUGGCGCAGUUCUGGACCAGCGCUGGGGCCAGCCAGCUGGAGACGGUUGAGCUGUCCUUCUACGGGGUGGAGCUGGCGGCGGAGGGCGGCAGCGGCUCGCGACCCGGCACCGACCUGGCGCUGGAUGGGGCGGAGCUGGCGCGCAAAGUGCUGGUGUCUGCGCCCGCCUGGUCUCGCGCCACCCGCAUCCGGGCCGAGGCCAAGCUGACGCACCUCAACAUCCCGCUGCGGCCCAGCGAGAGCAGCCUGGAGCCACUGACGGCGGCACGUGACGCGCUGACGGAGGGGCGUGUGGUGUACCGGCUGCUGCUGACCUACAAGACCACUGCGGGCGAGGCCGGCAAGUACAAGCCCUGCCUGCCGCUCAUCAACCACCAAAUCUACGACUCCCCCCUGGAGAGCCAGCUGCUGCUGGUCAGCGACGGCGCCACGCGACAGCUGCUGAGCACGCAGGACGCGGGGCCGGAGCCGGUCACGCUCAAGAAGGGCGCCGAGGUGGUUCUGCGGCUGGCGCUGCGGCACGACAAUCAGGAAGUGCUGGACAAGAUGCGCAGCCUGCCGCUGGUGCUGAAGCGCGUGCUGGACGGCUCGGGCGUCUCGCUGCCCGUGUUUGCCAGCCGCCGCGACGCCAUCCUGGCGGCGGGCGGCGGCGGCGGCUCCCCCGCCGGCGACAUGCUGCUGCGGGCGGGCGAUGUGGCGCCGCUGUGGCUGGGGCCGCUGCCGGAGGACCGGCUGCCCAAGGACGCCACACCGGGCCGGCUGCUGACGGGAACGCUGACGCUGGGCCAGCUGAAGCGCGGUGGCGGCGCCGCUCCCCACAAGUUCCGCAUCAGCUACUUGGUGCCGCCCGCGGCCUCGCCCAGCUCCGCGUCCGGAGGCGGCAACGGCAACGGCGGCGCCAAGGACGACGCCGCGGUGGAGAAGACGCCCGAGGAAAAGCUGUCCGAGGCUGUGCGUGACGCUCAGAUAAAGCUGCUCAAGGACCUCAAGCUCAGCGACGCGCCCCAGGCCGCGCUGUACGACAAGCUGCUGUCGGAGCUGACGUCAGCACACCCCGGCCACCUGCCGCUGCUCACGGAGCACCUCAAGAAGUUAGACGGCCGGGAGGCGGCGGUGCGCAACACGGCCGCCGGGCUGGCGGCGGUGGUGGCGGCGGCGGACGCGGUCAUUGGUGCAGUGGACGGCGGCGCCUUGGCGGCCUUCUAUGGCGUCAAGGGCGGAGACGACACACCAGAGCACCGGCGCACAAAGAAGGACAUGGAUGAGCGCAAGGCGGCCCUGGUGGACGCCUUGGCUCGCAAGGCGGCGGCGCUCAUGGAGGCGGAGGAGCUGACGGAGAAGGAGGCGGCGGCGACGAAGGAGGAGAACAAGGAGGAGAAGAAGGAGGCGCAGCCUGAGGAAGAGGAUGCUGUGUUAGCCGCGGCGUUGGAGGCUUCCGCGAAUGAGGCGGCAGCGGUGGAGCCGGCGGCGGCGGCGGCGGAGGCAGCGGAGCUGAAGCCGGCGGCUGCGGAGGCGAAGCCGGCGGCAGCGCCGGACGCCGUCGCGGUGUGCAUGCAGGAGCUGCGCAAGUGGGUGGACACGGCCAGUGAGGCGCCGCACCUGCUGCUUCACGCCAAGGUGGAGGCGCGGGCCAAGAGGUAUGCGGCGGCGCUCAAGGCGCUGGACAAGCUGCUGGGCAGCGACGACAAGGCGGCCACCGGGGCGGCGGCGCGGCGCGACAUCAGCGACAUGAAGGCCAAGCUGUAUGCUGCCCUGGGCUGGGGCCACUGGGAGGCGCAGGAGAAGGACUUGCAGGCGGUGCGCUUCCCCAAGGACCUACCGCCCAUGUGAGGAGCCGCACGUCGUCUGACGGGAUGCGGCGUCGGAUGAAUGGCAACAGGCCUUUGUGCCAAGGAUUCCAGCGGACGAGAACGUACUUGGGGGCGCUGUGCGAGGCGUGUCAGGCACCUCGGGGGCCUGUGGACACGCGAUGGCGGGGAUGGGGGUAACUGCAGCAACAAGCGCGUGACCAAGGCUGCAUGUGACAUGAAUGCGUGCGGCGCGUGCGGUUUGCGCGAUCAAGAGCAGGAGCGUCGGUAGGGACGUUCCGGGACGCGACACUGGUGGGUGUGAGCUUGGAUGUGAGCCGAUUUGCACAGAGGGGAUCCCCAGGUUCUGGAAGCAGCAGCGCAUGCGGAAGCCCUGCUGGUGGACGACAGGAAGGGCUGAGAAUCGAAAGGGCGUGGCGUGUGAACGCACGCAGCAUGACGGCUUGCUCCUUAACUGCAGGCCCAAGACGGAGCAUUUGUCUCCUGGGCUGCCAGGACCAGUCCGCAUUGAUAGUGUGACACCUAUGUUAAAAGCCGUAACCCAUUCCCGGGUCGGGGGUGUUCGACAUGAAGGCACCCUUGGGCAUCCUCCUGUCAACCAUCCACCGCCAC